AUGGACUGUCCUAUACUCGUAUGGAUGCUCUUCACGAAUCGCGAACUCACCGCCGAUGAGUAUGAACGCUGUUUCAAGGUCCUCCGGGAGUGCGUCACCCAUGCACCCAUCCGGCACGACCCAGACGACCCAGAGACGACGCGGCAAAUUGUCGCCUUCCUCCUCCCCUUGCUCAUGAUGCGCCAUCGCCGGGUCCCGCGGAGCAGGUGGAAGGACAACAUGACUGCGGUCGGAAAACACUGGAUAGAACAGAUCCACCAUGUACAAAACGACGACCCCGUGGCGUAUGCGAACCGGGCACGGUCAAUCAUCGGGUACCAUACCUCAUACGAGCAUAACAUGGUCGGUAUGGCGAUGACCCAGGGUCGAAGGGAGGACGUUGUGAACGUUGGCAUUGGCAUCAAGGAGAUCAUUACGCCUCCUGGGAUUACAGCGAUUGAUUUUGCGAAGUCUCUACACCACAAGCUCACCCCACUUGAACAAACUUUCGUCACGCCCGAAGAAGGCGAGGAGGUGCUCAUGCGCCGGCUCUGCCUGCUCCUCGCUCUCAAGCAGGCGUACAUCAAAGCGAUCGGCCAGCCGCUCGGUUUCGACUGGUCCCGGCUGGAGUUCAACAUACCGGAGAAGACCGCGACGGGCGACGGGCGGCCGCUCGUCGGCUGGGAAUUCCGCCUCUGGCAGUCCGAGUGCGGCUUCCCGAUCCCUGACUCGAACAACCACGUGCAGCAGAAGUACCAGUGCGCGGUCGCGUUCUUCCGCCGCCAGCGCGAGACUCGGUUCGUCUGGCACAUGGAAUCGAAGGACCUCGACACUUGGGUGCAGUUCAUCACUGUCGAUCAGCUGCUCAACGUCGUCGACAAGCUCAUCGAGUAG